CAAAGUGCAGCAAGGCUGUGAAGAGGACUACAAAGUGAAGCCACCGUGUACGUUUACUGUAUAAACAGGUCACUUCCUUCCUCACUUCUAGUAAUACAGGAAAUAGACUAAAAGUGAAACUUAAAGGAAGGUGCAUUGGCAGAGAAGUGUCAAGUCAAUUUUGAUUUGUUUUGCUUUUGUUUCAUUCCAAAUACAAUUGGUUAAUUUCUGUGGUAAUCUUCUGAGAGAAAGUUGUAGACAAGCAACAUGGAGGAUAUCCGAAGAUCAAAAACAAGUCUUGUUGAAUGGUUAACCAGCGAUCCUGAUUUUAUUCUGCAAAUAAUACAAGAGGAUUCCCUCAUUACUCAGCGGGAAUAUCACAAGUUAAAGGCAGAAAAUGAUCCUGAAAAGAGAAUCAUAAACCUCCUUGAUACAAUAAUGGGUAAAGGACAGUCUUCCUGUGAGCUGUUCUGUCAAGUUUUGCAGAAGGAUAAAGUAAAGGAGACCUAUCCACAACUGAUUGAAUGGCCUUCAAGUAAACAGCAAGCACCAGCCGGUCCUAUGCCAAGUGGACAGGGAGCCAUUACAGCUGAUAUCCAUGCUGCUGGAGGUUCCUUCGUGGUGUGCCCCAUGAUCCAAACUAGUCAAAUCUCAACUAUUAGCAUACCUGUAAAUUUCACCUCACCCAGGGAUAACAGGAAUGAGGUAAAGAACCUAGGUUCCACAAAAGAAACAAGUGUUAAAGAAUUGGAGAGCAAAGUGAUAGACAAGAAAUCCUUUCUAAAAGCGAAUUGGGCGAACCUGGUCCAGAAAGUGAAACAGGUUGACGAACUUGCAGAUCAGAUGAUGGGAUGUGGCCUCACCAAUGAGAUGUAUUCCAAGAUCAUGGCUUGUCAAACACCUGAACAGAAAAUGAGAACGCUUCUCGGAUAUGUGACAACAACUGAUGUGGCUUCGGGCCAUCUGUUUACAGCAUUGUGCACUUUAAAUAGUUACGUCAUGCAUGAGCUCAUUCAAUAAGAUCUCCCACUCACAUUUGAGUUGCUCUUGUAAGGUAGCUGAAAGUUGCUUUUAACCAUCUUUGAAUUUUCACUUAUAAGUAUACUUUGCUAAAAUUCAAUAUUAAAUACAUAUAUUUCUUCGGGUCAUUUCAGAAGAAAAAUGAGUAGCAAUCCUUAAACCGGGUUAGACAUGCCACCUGAGGGUUUCGGAUAUGAAACACGCUAGGAACCUUUAAGGAAUUUACAUACAGCUUCCAACAAAAAAUGGAUAGUACUUUUGCAAAUCAGCAUUCGAGGAUGUGUCAGGUCAGAUGCUUUAUUGUUUGGUAUAUUUCACGUGUAACGCUCAACCAAAUCCUCCCGUGUAAAUAAAUUAGGCGUCACCAUAGAAGUGGAACAAACACAUCCAGGAUUUAAAUUUGGUAAUUGUGUUAAAUUGUUAAAGAAUAUAAUUUGUUACACUUUUAAGGUUUAUUUCAUAACAUUUAUUAUAUGUUUCAAAAUCCUCUUAAGAGUUAAAGUAGAUGAUGAAACAGAUUCUACAGGUUAUGAAAUACCAAAUGUUAGACAUUGAAGUACUACACAAGUACACAAGAAAAUAGGAGAUGUAGGCUGCCUUGUUGUACGUACUGGGAACAACUCCUGUGCCAGUACCCCAUAACUCUCAAUUCCUCUAUCUUUAAAAUAUUUAUCUGUUGCUACUUUAAAUAUACUUAAUGAUUUGGCCUCCACUUCUCACCCUCGGGGCAGAGAAUUCCAGAGAGUUACUGCCUUCUGCAAGCAGAAUUUCAAUUUUUGUUGUAGUUUUAUUUUCUAUUGUCUAAAAUAAGGCCUAAAGAGAUGUUUAAUAUAAUAUUCUUUGAAUAUUGCUUGGUAAUUGUAAGUUUUUACUGGUGUUGAGCAAUACAAUAUGACUUAACAGAUGUAUUCAAAUAAUGUCCCUUGAAUGUAACACUUCGCUUUCAGUAUCCUCUGUUUGAUAAGUAGUAGUCAUAUAACAGCUGGAGAAUAAUACAGUGGUAUGCAAAAGUUUGGGCACCCCCGGGUCAAAAUUUCUGUUACUGUGAAUAGUUAAGUGAGUAGAAGAUGAACUGAUCUCCAAAAGUCAUAAAGUUAAAGAUGAAACAUUCUUUUCAACAUUUUAAGCAAGAUUAGUGUAUUAUUUUUGUUUUGUACAAUUUUAGAGUGAAAAAAAGGAAAGGAGCACCAUGCACAAGUUUGGGCACCCCAAGAGAUUUGAGCUCUCAGAUAAUUUUUACCAGGGUCUCAGACCUUAAAUAGCUUGUUAGGGCUAUGGCUUGUUCACAGUCAUCGUUAGGAAAAGCCAGGUGAUGCAAAUUUCAAAGCUUUAUAAAUACCCUGACUCCUCAUACCUUGUCCCAACAAUCAGCAGCCAUGGGCUCCUCUAAGCAGUUGCCUAGCACUCUGAAAAUUAAAAUAAAUGAUGCCCACAAAGCAGGAGAAGGCUAUAAGAAGAUAGCAAAGUGUUUUCAGGUAGCCGUUUCCUCAGUUCGUAAUGUAAUUAAGAAAUGGCAAUUAACAGGAACGGUGGAGGUCAAGUUGAGGUCUGGAAGACGAAGAAAACUUUCCGAGAGAACUGCUCAUAGGAUUGCUAGAAAGGCAAAUCAAAACCCCCGUUUGACUGCAAAAGACCUUCAGGAAGAUUUAGCAGUCUCUGGAGUGGUUGUGCACUGUUCUAUUGUGCAGCGACACCUGCACAAAUAUGACCUUCAUUGAAGAGUCAUCAGAAGAAAACCUUUCCUGCAUCCUCACCACAAAAUUCAGCAUCAGAAGUUUGCAGAGGAGCAUCUAAAAAAGCCUGAUGCAUUUUGGAAAUAAGUCCUGUGGACUGAUGAAGUUAAAAUAGAACUUUUUGGCCGCAAUGAGCAAAAGUAUGUUUGGAGAAAAAAAGGUGCAGAAUUUCAUGAAAAGAACACCUCUCCAACUGUUAAGCAUGGGAGGUGGAUCAAUCACGCUUUGGGCUUGCGUUGCAGCCAGUGGCAUGGGGAACAUUUACUGGUAGAGGGAAGAACGAAUUCAAUUAAAUACCAGCAAAUUCUGGAAGCAAACAUCACACUGUCUGUAAAUAAGCUGAAGAUGAAAAGAGGGUGGCUGCUACAACAGGAUAAUGAUCAUAAACGCACCUCAAAAUCCACAAUAGACUACCUCAAGAGGCGCGAGCUGAAGGUUUUGCCGUGGCCCUGACAGUCCCCCGACCUAAACAACAUCGAAAAUCUGUGGAUAGACCUCAAAAGAGCAGUGCAUGCAAGAUGGCCCAAGAAUCUCACAGAACUAGAAGCCUUUUGCAAGGAAGAAUGGGCAAAAAUCCCCCAAACAAGAAUUGAAAGACUUUUAGCUGUCUACAAAAAGCAUUUACAAGCUGUGAUACUUGCCAAAGGGGGUGUUACUAAGUACUGACCAUGCAGGGUGCCCAAACUUUUGCUUCGGGCCCUUUUCCUUUUUUGUUAUUUUGAAACUGUAAAAGAUGGAAAUGAAAAAGUAAUCUUGCU